GCACCAAUUCCUGAGGCACCAACCAAGCCUCUCUUGUUGACUCCGACGCCGAUCGAACGUACAGACGGCCAUGGAGACCCAAGCGCCGGAGAAGGAGAACUACCUCCCUGAAAAGGAUGCGAGGAGCGCACGGGAGAAGGCCAUCGACGAGUGGCUCCCGAUCACCUCGUCGCGGAACGCCAAGUGGUGGUACUCCGCCUUCCACAAUGUCACCGCCAUGGUCGGCGCCGGCGUGCUCAGCCUUCCCUACGCCUUGUCCGAGCUCGGCUGGGGCCCUGGCAUCGCCGUGCUGGUGGUGUCGUGGGUGAUCACGCUGUACACGCUGUGGCAGAUGGUGGAGAUGCACGAGAUGGUGCCCGGAAAGCGGUUCGACCGGUACCACGAGCUGGGGCAGCACGCGUUCGGCGAGAAGCUGGGCCUGUGGAUCGUGGUGCCGCAGCAGCUGGUCGUCGAGGUGGGCGUGAACAUCGUGUACAUGGUGACCGGCGGCAGGUCGCUGAAGAAGUUCCACGACGUGCUGGUGUGCGGCGACGGCGGGGCGUCGUGCGAGGGGAAGGACAACAUCAAGACCACCUACUUCAUCAUGAUCUUCGCCUCCGUCCACUUCGUCCUCUCCCAGCUCCCCAACUUCAACUCCAUCUCCGGCGUGUCGCUGGCCGCCGCCGUCAUGUCGCUCAGCUACUCCACCAUCGCGUGGGGCGCGUCGGUGGACAAGGGCAGGAUGGCGGGCGUGGACUACCACCUGCGCGCGACCACGACCCCCGGCAAGGUGUUCGGCUUCUUCGGCGCGCUGGGCGACGUGGCGUUCGCGUACGCCGGGCACAACGUGGUGCUGGAGAUCCAGGCCACCAUCCCGUCGACUCCCGAGAAGCCGUCCAAGAAGCCCAUGUGGAAGGGCGUCGUCGUCGCCUACGUCGUCGUCGCGCUCUGCUACUUCCCCGUCGCGCUCAUCGGCUACUGGGCGUUCGGCAACAGCGUCCAGGACAACAUCCUCAUCACGCUCAGCAAGCCCAGGUGGCUCAUCGCGCUCGCCAACAUGAUGGUCGUCAUCCACGUCAUUGGCAGCUACCAGAUCUACGCCAUGCCAGUGUUUGACAUGAUAGAGACGGUGCUGGUGAAGAAGCUGCGCUUCCCUCCCGGUCUGACACUGCGUCUCAUCUCUCGGACCGCCUAUGUUGCGUUCACAAUGUUCAUCGCCAUCACCUUCCCCUUCUUCGGCGGACUGCUCGGCUUCUUCGGCGGAUUCGCCUUUGCACCGACGACCUAUUUCCUUCCCUGCGUCAUGUGGCUCGCGAUCUACAAGCCCAAGAGGUUCAGCCUCUCGUGGUUCACCAACUGGAUCUGCAUCAUUCUCGGGGUGAUCCUGAUGAUUCUGUCGCCAAUCGGAGGGCUUCGGCAGAUCAUAAUGGACGCGAAAACGUACCAGUUCUACUCGUAAACUGCUACCAGACACUGAGUUUUUUUGUCGUGCCAACAACAGAGGGGAACUUCCUGGUACCAUGUAUAAGCUGUUACAGAUGUUGGGUUAGUUAUAUAUAUACAUGCAUACGUAUUGUUUCUUAAUGUUCCAAGGUGACCGUGGGUUGUGUAUAUGGUAAAGGAGAAUCGAUGAUGAUGGUUGUCCCAG